CAGCUCCGCCGAAUUAACGCUCCCAGGCGCAAUUUGAGAUUGUUAUCACCCCGCCUCUCCUGCCCCCACCCCAACCCUCCAAUCGGCGCGAGGAGAAACGCGACGCCGCUCGCCAUCGGGGAAUGCGCCAUAAAUAUAUUGGCCGCCCCUCUCCCGUCGUGCCUCGGGCCUCAGUUGUAACAUGGCGGCGUGGGCGGUGGGCUGUUGACCGCAGCCUCGGAGGGGCAGUCAUGUACUAAAGGGCGAGUCGGGUUGGGUCGGGAGGGGGGAUUACCGGGCCGGGACUCGCAGAGCCAGGAGAGAGAGCUCGAGAGAGACAACGACUUGGAUUGAAACACAAAGCCACAAAAAGCCCUGUCUGCUACCGAGAGAGCCAUGUCCAAACAACUCAAGUGUGGCCUCUGCCGAGUCCACUGUGCCAACACAAAGGAAUUUGAAGAGCACAUCAGAAGCAUGUUGCACCACCGGGAAAUGGAGACAGUUGAAGGAAGGGCCUGCACGCACCACUGCCGGGUGUGUUGUGCCAACGUGGUGGGGCUGUCUGCGUACGCCUCCCACCUGAGCAGCCCCGAGCACAAGAAACGCGUGGAGAGGUCGAGCCCUGGUGGCGCAUAUCGCGAGAUUCCUCCUCCCGACGCGGCGCAAACAACCACUCAAAGAGACGACGCAAAAAAACCAGAAGAACGAAGUUUACCCAUAACUGACAUAACGAAACAAGUCCCUUUCAACAACAGCCAUUUCCAUCCCAGACCAAACCUUGCAAAAGCCAAGAAGAUGGUGAAAGAAGCUACAAACGAGUCCAACCCAAAGACCGACAAACCCAUGGAGCAGCCCAGGAGCCACACGGAUGCGCACCCUGCCUGGACGGGUGCAGCCUCGAACAGCCUCAACGCCAACAGUCACCACUUGCCCCCUCCCAGUGUAUUCUACAAAAAUUGGCACCAUAAUAGGCAGCCUUUCAGCAAGAAAGGCAGAGGUGGUGCCGGUGGUGGCAGAGGUUACGGCUACAACUACAACCAUGGCCCCAAUCGAUACUGGCAAGAUUUCCAUUACUCCCCACAGCGCUGGCACAAUGAUCAAAAUUACAAGCAUUGGCACGAGCACCUCGACGAGGGCAACUAUGACGGGGGAAUGCAAGACGACUUCACUUCGGACAAACUCCCACCGUGGUUUGACCAGCAUGAAAAUACGCCAUUCCAUCAUUACGUGGAUCGUGGGAGAAUUAAACGUGCCUCAAGAUUUACACGCUGGACCCCAUAUCCUCCACAAAAGUAUCCCAGUGGCCUUGGAGACCAAGAGAUGAUGCCCAAGGAGGUUAAGCAACUGGAAAAGGUUCCUCCGCUGAAAGCUGUCGAGCUGCCAAAGAUCACCUUUGAUGAAACCAAAACGCGAGUGCCGCCGAACCCCACCAACACUACCCAGGGCGGAUCAAGAGUCGCCCCGAGUGGAACGACGGCCCGCACUGACACCGCUCACGGCCAGGGCACUGGCUCUUCAUCAAGCAGGCCCGCGGUGGCCGCAUCGCAGGGACCUCGCACGACGACAUACCAGUCGAAGGGUGCCGUUCCUCUUUCAGGCAAACAACAGAGGCGGGAGAGUCUCUCCAGCAACCUGUGGAAGGUACGUGCCAAUCUCCGUGCUGGGCCUUCCCAACACAAGCCUCCUGCGGCCGUCCGUGCCACCGAAAAGCACUCCAACUGCCCCAAGAACAAGGUGACUAAUAAGGAUGACAUCUCCACUCACCCGUCCGAGGUCUGCGAGGAUCCGCCCUGCCUCACUUUGCCCUCGUUAUCGCUGUCGAGCCACCGGCCCAGCAGUGCCCCUAGCGCUUUGCUGAAGCUUGAUGAAAAGCCGGGGGACGCGGCCCAGCGAGUGGUGAUGCACGAGAGGCCAUGGUCAGCGGGGGCAUCUGGCUCCACCGUGGGCCAAAGAGACUCAGCCGACCUUGCCAAGGUGGACAAAGAAGGGGUAACUGCAAAUUCGGCUGACGCCAACCGCCCCAGCACUGUUGAGCCCUUGGCCGAUGUGUUUAAAGCCAAACUCGCAGGCAUCGUGGAUAAGGUGUCUGGCAUAAAAUCAGUCCAUAAACAAAUGAAAGAGCGUGUGCCGCAGCCCAACAAUACUGCCGACUUGGGAUAUACGGAAAAAGUGAACACCGUUAAUACGACUCCAAUACCGUUAACACAGAAGCAACCGGCGGGUGUCCAUGGACACGUCAAAAAUAAAGAAACGUCACACAGCCAACCCUUUAGUAAUGACUGCACAGGUGGAAAGCCGCCCCAAGAAAAGAACCUCCCCUCCCCAAGUGGGAAAGAGUUUGGUGCUCAAGGAGGGGAUGAGACGAAUCAGAGCCCGGCUUUGGACAUGACAUCUACCGACGCCACGGUGCGUCCGGAAUGUCUGUCUGCCGUGAUCACCAACUCGGUGGCGAACACGAGGCCCGCACAUGCGGAAAGCAGAACCUCCGAAACCACGACCGAAAUCAAAAUAGCAACAGCGCCGAAAGCCGAGAUCAUGGUCACGGCUGCUCCAGCCUCAGACAAACACACCAGUGACUGCGUGUCCUCCGACCCGGAGGCCCACAGGUGCCCGCCGGCUUCAGCGCAAGCCGAGCUGAGCAGGUUGGGGGUCUCGACGGCGCUGCAAAAAGAGCUCUCCCGGUACCUGGCAGCACGUGGAACCAGUGGGAGCAAGCCAGGUACGGCAGCCCCCGAGCCAAACCUCAACCAGGCUCGACGCCGCAUGCGCCCCGGCGGCACCUACACGAGCGGCCCUGUACCGAGCACCACACUGGGAAAGGGACCGGCGGUAUUGGCGGUGUCGGGUACCGCAGGGCUUGGCGGCGCCGAGGCCCAGCGCAAGCCGGAGGUGGAGCGGGAGAGCUGCAGCCUGCGUCCUGCCAUCCAGCAGCUGCUGAGUGCACCACGCAGGAAUGUCGACUGGGAGCAAAUCGUACAAGUGCUCAGCAAGAGGAGGCAGGCGAAGGGGCUGCCCAGAUUUGGAAUCGAAAUGGGACCAGCCAACAAGGAUGACCCAUUAGACCCAGCCUUCCUCAACUUUGAUGAGCUGGGCGACUUCCCUGAGCUGUAUGACCUCAAUCUGGACGACUUCCUCCAUAAGGAGCAGCAGUUUGGCACCAAAUAUCGCUCCGACAAUCCGGUGGAGCCAGUCGGUGAACCCCGCCUCGCGUGUGCCACAGCCGGAGAAGCAGCAGCCAGUGUCUCCGGCACCACCACUUCUGGCAGCGGUCAAGUCCCACAGCUCCUGGCCACUCUCGAGCGCACGCCGACCAACGCCACAAAGGAAAAGCAUCCCUCCAAGAACGGAAUGAGCGCCAGCCGCCCAUUGCGAACGGGCGUCGCCACCACCGCCAUGGGUGACCUUGGCUCGGAGGGACCGCUGGUUAACACGGGAGCGGCCGCGACCCCAAGGAGCUUGUCCAGUUUCCUGCUGGCCAACACCCCGGAAGUCGGCUCUCCCAGUGUCUGCCCGAUAAGCCCACAGUGCCCGCUUGGCGCUCAGGUGGAGGGUGAAACUGACAUCCUGACGGACAGCAGCUUCACAUCCGGACCCGAGCCCAGUGGGGGCCAGGCCCGCAAGAAGCGCGUGCCACCGCGGAAGGGUCUUCGCCAGAGGUGCCUGAAAUUGAGCGGAAAAAACAAGAGGAUGAAGGUCAAGGGCUUUUGGCUCGCUAACAGCCCCAACGAACGGCAACACGUGGACGAGCUGCUGAGUGUGUCGCUGCGUGAGGAGGAGCUGAGCCGCGGCAUGCAGGAGCUGGAGCCCACGCUGGAGCAUGCCAGGGCUGCCCUGCACAGCGCCUUCCUGCAUGUGCAGGAGCUGCUGCUGCAGAAACAGCAGAUUACCAUGGAGAUGGACAAAUUGAGGUCCUACCGCAUCCAGAUUCUCCAAGGAAUGCAAGACAAAUCUGUGAACCAGCGGCAUUUGCCUUCUGCUCCAUUGGUCCCGUCAGCGGUUACCGCAUCCCCGAGUCUCCCUGGCCCCGCCGGCGUCUCCCACCCUCUGCUGAUCAAGCAGGAGGCCGGGGAGCUCACCCCAGCCGCCGCCUGCACACCGUCCAUACUGAACACGACCCUGAAUCCGGGCUCCUUCCUCCCGCCCUCGCCGCUCCUGCAGCAGUGCCUUCCCGCUGCCACUCUAGGCGAGGCCGGCGUGCCCACGGCGACGACACCACCAGUCGCGCACUACUUCACGCAGCCACAGGAGGUGCCGUGGCGACGGCCGCCCCUGCCCGACGGCAUCCCAGAAACGGUGCUGCUCAGAAGUCCUCGCCUCUCGUCUCCUGCCCACUCCAACAUGUGCACGCCCGCAAGCAAGUCCCUCGCCUCGACGCCUCAUGAUUCCAGCGCCGAGACGACCGUGGCGCCAGCGGCCACGGCCGCCGCACCGGUGCCCACCAAAGGUGGCGCCGGGAGCAGGGACGGCUCGGUGAAGCGCAACCCCAUGCGGACGAGGGCCCGCGCCGGCGCGGCGUCGGAGGGGAGCACCGAAGCGGGGAGGGUCGGGAAUGCGGCGGAGGAGCCCGGCGAGGACCACCACGGCGCCUCGACGCAGAAGCGCAAGCGCCUGAAGAAGCGAAAGCCGGCGCGGCAGUGCGUGCCCGAGACGAGCGACACGGAGCAAGAGGCGCUGACGCGGCCCGUGCGGCGCCUCAAGACGAGGCGCGGCAGCCGGCAGGGGAAGUCCACGCAGGUGAGCCUCCGGCACCGUAAGCCCGUGUGGGGUGGGCGAUGUUUCCCGUGGCCCAGAAGGAGCCACGUCUGGCCCAACCUCCCUCCCCGGCCGCGCUCCACAAGGGGGAAGAGGAUGACGAGGGCAUGGACAGCCCCGACGGAAACCACUGUGGGCAGCAGGCAGAGUGAGGCGGACUCCAGCUUGGAGCUGGUUGAGCCGCCCCACCCCAGAGAUCUUGUCCAUCGAGACAGCUCGGACAACGAGGCCACGAAGCUGCCGAAGUGUUUGACGAAGAAAGCGGCGGCGAGGGGCCGGACCCCUGCGGCGGCGGCGGCGGCGGCGGCGUUGGGCGAGGUGGGGCGGAGCGAAACAGCGGCGAUGGUGUCGUCGACAAGCGACCUGUGGCAGAGGAACGGCCCCCGCCUUGUGGCUGAGUACAAGUCACUCAGCCUAGGUGUGUAUAUACCUGGUAAGGGCUCGUUUAUUUGGCCUUUGUACAUAUUUAAAUCUUCUUUCCCACUCUCUCUUCCCUGGAUGCAGGAAACGGAAAAGAAGGAAGACCACCAGAAAAAAUCCUCGACCACAGACUCACAGCUGUGUGAGCCCAGCGCUGGGGCCUUCGAGGGCCACGAGGCAGCCGUCAGUGGCGUUCAGAUUUUCGAGGGGAUGCUCUACACCUGCUCCUCCGACAAGACCGUGCGUGCAUUUGACCUGGAGACCCGGCAGUGCUUGCGCACGUUCAACGGCCACACCAGCAAGGUGAACGCACUGCUGGUGACGGUGGCGGGCGGCAACGCCUCCCAGCCACGCCUCUACACCGGAGCCAGUGACCACACCAUCCGCUGCUACAGCGUCAGGGAAGAGAGGUGCGUGGAGGAGUUCUCGGUGCUGGACCGCGUGCUGUGCCUGCACGAGCGCUGGGACGUGCUGUACGCCGGCCUGGCUAACGGCACCGUGGUGUCCAUCAGCACUCAGAGCAACAAGUUCCUGGACACGUUUGAAUGCCAUGGGCCGCGAGCCGUGAGCUGCGUGGCAUCGAGCCAGGAGGGCAGCCGACGCCUGCUGCUCGUUGGCUCCUACGACGCGACCAUAAGCGUGCGCGACGCGCGCUCCGGACUCUUCCUGCGUGCCCUCGACAGCCACACCAAGACGGUGCUGUGCAUGCAGGUGGUGAAUGACUUGGUCUUCAGCGGAUCCAGCGACCAGUCUGUCCACGCGCACAACAUCCACACGGGAGAGCUGCUGAGGAUCUACAAGGGGCACACGCAUGCCAUCACGGCCAUCAGUAUCCUGGGCAAGGUGAUGCUGACCGCCUGCCUGGACAAGCUGGUGCGAGUGUAUGAACUUGAGUCACACGACCGCCUGCAGGUGUACGGAGGCCACAAGGACAUGGUCAUGUGUAUGGCCGUGCACAAGAGCAUGAUUUACACCGGAUGCUACGACGGCUCCGUCCAGGCCGUGACGCUCAACCUCAUCUCCAACUUCCGCUGUUGGUGGCACAAAUGUUGCCUGAUGUUCGGGGUGUUGGACCACCUGAAGGAGCACAUCCGAAGCACGCACCUAAACACCGAUGCUCAGAGCACGCUCUGCCGUUGGAGGGACUGCGACGCCUUCUUCACGGCCAAGAAUGGCACCAUCCAUGAGCUGGUUCCACACUUGUGCCGUCACGCUGAGCUCGACAGCCAGCCACAGAAAGAAUGAGGAGGGGUGGCGGCAUGCCGGACCACCAGUGCCCCCGGGCAUCAUCACCAGCUUGCGGGAGAUAAAUUAAACCUGCGCCCCCACUCGUCUAGAAAAUCUAAUCACGUGGCCGGCGACUUGAAUUAGCGACGGUGCUCGCAACGAUGCGGUGAAACGUUUCCGUGUGGCCGGGGCCAUCACAAAGCCUUGUUGCUGCACAUGCGUACAUACAUGCAAACACACGCACGCACACACACAAGGCACACUUUUAACUUGGAAGUGAAUCGUUUCUGUUGAGUAUCUGACGUAGGUAGUGGUUGCACCAGGAGGUCCGAAGUUCUGUUUUAGUGUACAUGAAACAGCUAUUUGGAUUGCAGUGCAGCCCUUCGCACUUGCACGUCCACUUACUCGCCUGACCAAUUGUCAGGCUACCGCUUGGUGUGGUUUUUAUACAGUAGGUGAAUGUGGUCGAGAAACGAAGAUCUACAUUGAUUACAGUUGAUCAGCCCUCCUGUGGCGUCCAUACACCACGUUUGUACUCGCUGUGUUUGUACACUGUGUGAGAGACUGUUGUUGAUUUUUAAACGGUCUCGCCGUUUGACUUGUUAGUGCGGUUUUAGUUUAAACGUCAUGCUCAAGACAUGAGCUGGCGUAAAUGCCUCGUGUCGACUCGGUGAAUAUGCCCUUCGUGGUGUUAAGACGGCAAGCUCCUUAGACUCUUUGGAGAAUUGAGGUUAAAGACCUGCUUACUGUGGUGGUGAUGUGAAAACAUUGCCAGAUGAAAUGAUGAUGUAAGAACCCCGGGGUGGUUCACCCUGUGUUCUAUAUUGGAAAGGUUGGACUGCAAAGGCCCGGAGCAAGAAUUUUAGCUCUGGUCCACGCUGGAAUGUCGAGAAUGUUUAGCCAUGUUGACCCGGGAAGGGGGGAGUACACUUGUCAACCAAAAAAUAUCACAACACAAAAAAUAUUUAGUUUUGGGUGUGAUGUGUGCAAGUGUAGAACCCUGAUGCUGGCAAAAGCCAAAGAGGGUGAAAGUGAAGUGAUUAGUUUUGUUUAUGUUUUGAACCGCUUUGCCACAAAGAGCCUGGUGCCUCCCUAAUAUGGCGGUGAUGGCUGCACACGAUCAGAAAGUGAGGGAGCAGUGAGCCAACGUGUGGGUACAGAUACCAGUGUCCACAACUACUUCCUGAGCAGGAUACACAGAAGUAUUUGCCGGUCAUUGCUGGCUGUGUUUAUCUGAGAAAGUCGCUAAACCAAACCCUUAAACACAACUGCCCAAUCCUUGAAGAUUGUGGCAGCAAUCCAAAUCCAGUUGAUUCAUAAGAUCUGGACCAGGUUUCCUUGGCCAUCUUCGUCAGCCGUCGGCAGUGUUUCUAUUGCACAUUUCGUAUUGAGUGGGUUGCAGUGCACUGCAGACAAUUUGAAUAAGGCAAACGUCUAGCCGUGUUAAACGCAAUCGGGGCUUGCAGUGAAUCUAGUAAAGCACUAUAAUGGAUUGGAUAAAAAAGCAUGUCAAAUGAAAAUUUAAUUUCAGCAGGUUGACCCAUUUUAAAUGUGGGUGGUGCAUGCUGUUCAUUGCUAACUGGUACAACUUUAUAAUGAUUGCUUCUAUCAACGUGUACCCAUUCUGCACCCCAAAGUGCUGUCGUUCCCUCCAACAGCUGAGACUUAACCAAAUUACGUGAAAGAUGAGGUGAUUGCAAAAAACUUCAUGUUCGUUAUAAAACCACAUGGGCCCUGGUUGGACCACAUUUAUCUUGAAGCAGCAGGGUUGGGUUGGUUUGGGUUUAGUAAGUUGGGGAGAAGUGUUACGCAGGCGUUGCAGCCAUGGAGGUUUUGGGGAAAGCACCACAACGAACAGCAAGUUACGGCACUGUGUGGGGUGGAUUGCGUGCGUGGUAUUAUUUCCAUUGCUUGAGUUGGAUGUGGCGCAUGUGUUUAUUUUCCUUGAGAUGGCUCGUGUGAAGGUGCUCCUGCCUGAGAAUCGUCAACCACCGACGUCGCGCCUCGUCAGCAAUAGUGCGGCUCACCUGUCCUUGUGCAGUAGCGUUUGCGUUAUUUUGCCCAAAGCAACGAGGGAUAAUUUAUGGUAAACCUUUAAAUACAUGUCCCAUUGUUUUGCCAAUGUCACUUGGGGUCCUAUUACAAUGCUGCUUUUGCGGUAGAUUAGUGGGGCCUGUGCUUUCGGGGGUUCAUGCGUGAAAGCUCCCGUGCAUUGUGCGAAAUUCUGAACAUGUUUAAAUAUUGCCCCAUUUCCGGAGCCAUUUGGGAACGCUGAAGUGCCCAAUACAAUGUCUAAAUGCGUGCCAACUUUCACUCCUGCAUCGCCAAAGGCACAAUCUUUACGAUGUUGCAUAUCAACUGGGCUGCAUCGUUUUACUCGCACCACCAGGUUGAAUUGCUUGGGAGUUACUGCUCGUUUUGUGUGGCCAUUUUGUAUGGGAGCUGUUGACAUUUGGGAUGUGGCGUCACGUAGUCUGUAAUUCAUUUAAUAAUUUUAAAUAUUGCAGAAAACGUGAACAAGCAUGGUUAAUAUCAAAGUUUUGGUAGACUCGGCAGAGGUGUGUUCAGUAUCGACAAUGCACAACAGCAUGACUGAAACACUUAGCCAUAUACCACCUGCUUAAAACUAAGUUAAAGCUGAGGUGCCUGAAGGGUGAUGAGUAGGAGCACCUCGCCGUGGUUGUGGCGAAUGCAGAGGGAGUGGUGUGGAGCCGUCCAGCGUGCCGUGGUGUAGCGUGAUAAUACUGCACGAGCGUGGCCGUGUGACUGGAACUUAGGCGCGCAUAUCUUCCUCCUGACUGGUGUUUGCCACCCCUCGCCCACAAGAGGCCCUUGAAGUGCCUCCUCUGCCACGACAAUCCAAUUGGGAAAUCGGCAAUCGAAACUUUUCGUUAGGCGAGCAUCGGAUAGCACACAGACCACGGAUUGUACUGGCUUCAUGACAAGCAGGACCUCAACAAAACAAGGGUUUGAGCUGGAUUGUCACAAGGGGACAGUUUGCCAGAUUGUUGGUAAAAAAAUAAUCGAAUAAAAAGCCAUGUCAAAAGAAGGUUAAUAUCGAGGUGUAACCCGAUGCCAUGUAAAUGUACAAAGUGUUUACAUAGUUUCUUAAUUGUAUGAUUUACUCAUUUUUAAUAACAUCAAAUGUUUCUUAACUACAUUUGACAAAUGAGACAAGUUACAUGUCGUGGUCUUGUGUGAUGUGCGAUGUCUCGCUUAAAACAUGCCGAUGGGUGCCUUGCUCGGAGGCAUCGUGAGAUUGAGGGGGAGUUUUGAGAGCCUCCACCAGGGCUUUCACUCACCCGUUCGGCAGGUGGCACCGUAAUGUCUGGUGCCACUCAUUCUGGGUGGAGUGAGAGGCCGUGUGGGUUUCAUGGUGGAAAAAGGACGUGCACCACGUUCUAAACCGUUUACUUUUUGUAUUCACUUUUCCUAAGUUAAAAAAAAACAUUAAAACUUGUGAAUCCAGGGCAUCGGCUUGUGGGUUGGGUGUUCGAGAAGCCGACGGCCAUCUUUGCAGGAACUUCCUGCCACACAGGUUGCAAACACAUGUCAAAGGCCCACAUUUCUAUCAUUAGUUUCUCAGAGUUGUAGUCAUGCAUGCAUCGUUAAGCUAUUGUACAGAAUUAACAUGACAAUAGCAUUAAGGUGGAAUGUAGACACCAGGAAUUGAGAGUUGGAGCUUUUGACAGUAGUGAUGUAGCUGAAGCUUCUACUCAUCGGAGUUUAGUUAAAUUUGGCAAAGUCCAUCACUAUUCUUGUGCUGCUCGAGUGUGACAUGCACCUGUGUGAAUGUAGCGCCUAACCCACAGACCAGACCCAGCAGACACACGCGUGCCUUGUGUGUGUUUCAGGAAGCUUUACUUUGAAGUUUAAACAUAUCUUGAAAAGGAAAAAAAUCCUAAAAAUAAAAUAAAAUUAUCAUA